AUGCGCGCGGACCGCGCCGCGCUAUACGCGUGGCUCGUCUGCUGCGCGGCCGCGCUCUCUGCGCACAAGUACAGCACGCGCGUCGUGCGCACCAAGUACGGCCCGCUUCGCGGCAUCGUCGUGCAUGCGCACCCUCAAGUUGAGGCCUACCUCGGCGUGCCCUAUGCCACACCCCCUCUCGGCAGCCUUAGAUACAUGCCGCCGGUGACGCCGUCGCAGUGGCGCACGACGCGGCUGGCGGACGCGGCGGGGCCGGCGUGCCCGCAGGCGCCGCCCGCCGCCACGCCGCGCGACGACGCGCUGCUGCUGCACCCACGCGCGCGCAUCCGCCAGCUCGAGCGCCUGCUGCCCGUGCUCGCCAACCAGAGCGAGGACUGCCUCUAUGUCAACCUCUAUGUGCCUGUCAACGGGGGCGAGGAGGGCGAGGGUGGAGGCCGGGGGCUGCCGUGCCUGGUGUUCGUGCACGGGGAGUCCUACGAGUGGAGCUCCGGGAACGCCUACGACGGUACCGCGCUCGCCGCGCACGGCGGCAUCAUCGUAGUCACUAUCAACUUUAGGUUAGGUGUAUUGGGUUUUUUAAAGACUGGUGCUAAGGGGUCGGCGCAGGGUAACUUUGGCUUGAUGGAUUUGGUGGCGGGUCUACAUUGGUUGCGGGAAAACCUGCCGGCGUUCGGGGGGGACCCUGAGCGGGUCACCAUCAUGGGCCACGGGACCGGUGCCGCACUCGCCAACUUCCUCGCGGUCUCUCCUGUUGCAAGAGAACUACUGAGGCGUGUCAUCUUGUUAAGCGGCUCGGGGCUCAGUUCAUGGGCGCUGCAGAGAGAGCCGCUUACGAUAAAGAGAAAGGUAGCAGAACAGACAGGGUGUCACGGCGAUCUGUUAGAGGACGACCUGGCCCCGUGCCUGCGCAACAAGCCGCUCGCCGAGCUGCUCGCCGUGCGGCUCGAGCCGCCGCGGUUCCUGCCCGGGUUCGCGCCCUUCGUCGACGGCACCGUCAUCGUCAAUCCGUCCUCUGCUCCACCCCCAACGGACAGCUCUCGGCUCGGUGCGGGCGCAGCCGCGGUGGCCACCGCAGCCGGACACGAGCUGGCGGACUUCCCCCAUAGAGAACUACUGUUUGGACUCACUACUACAGAAUCGUAUCUGGAAUUCAACGCUCAAGAUCUUGAGUUUGGUUUCAACGAGAGUCGGCGGGACCGAAUUCUGCGCACUUUUGUCCGCAACGCGUACUACUAUCAUCUGAACGAGAUCUACUCCACACUGAAGAACGAGUACACGGACUGGGACAAGCCGGUCCAAAAUCCGCUCAGUGUACGCGACGCUACGCUCGAGGUCCUGAGUGAUGGGCGGACGGCUGCCCCUCUCAUCAGACUGGGCUAUCUACAUGCUCUGCGUGGCGGAGUCACUUACUUCACACACUUUCAUCAUCUUUCACAAGAUAAAGAUUAUCCCCAGCGGCCGGGAUCCGUCCACGGUGAAGAGUUGCCGUACUACUUGGGCGUGCCGCUCGCGCAGACGCAUCACCAGCAGAAUUUCUCACUACAGGAACAGAGGGUGUCCAAACUCUGUAUGCACUACAUAUCCAAUUUCGUCAGAUACGGGAAUCCCAACGAUCCGUCCGCCACGCCGCCACCUAGCCCACUGUUAGGAGAGGCGCCCAGACUAGGUCCAGACCAAACUCCUUAUUGGGAUACCUAUGACACCAUCAACCAGCUCUAUAUGGAAAUCAGCAACAAGCCGGAGAUGCGCAGCCACUACCGCGGCCACAAGAUGUCGCUGUGGCUCUCGCUGAUCCCGCAGCUGCACCGCCCCGGGGCUGACCUGCCCGACCCUGCCAUGAGGCACCACCACUUCCAGGAUGACAAUGUUAAUUACUACGAAGGUGCGGUGAGACCUCAGUCGAUGACGCGGCCGCACGUCCCACACGUGGUGAACGUGGAGGGCAGCGGGCGCGGGCCGGACGGGGGGCGCAGCACCCCGCCGCCCCGAACCGCCGCGCCGCGCCCCUCGCCCGCGCCGCCCACGCCCUCCACCGAGUGUCCGCCGAACGCCACCGCAACCCCUAUGCAACCAGACGACGCUCUCCUGCGCCGGCUCGCCUCAUCACAUUACCAGUCCUACACUGCUGCCCUCACCGUCACCAUCGCCGUCGGCUGCUUCCUGCUGCUCUUGAACGUCCUCAUUUUCGCCGGAAUCUAUCACCAAAGGGGCUCCCGUCCUCGGCGUUCGAAGGACGACUUGGCCGAGGCCGGGAGCUCCUCAUCUUCGGACAAUUACGAUGGUAAAUUAGAUUAUGAAGUGCGUGCGUUCGACGGGAAGGGAUUCGGUUUCGAGUGCAAAUCGGCCCAUGUGCCGCGCGGCUCCGGGUCCAAGUUCGAUUUGCGGACGUUAUCCGAUUGCGGAGAACCGACUUUCGGCGAGUAUAGUUGUUAUGAUGAGAAGCAUCGAGCGGCGCGGAGCUCGCUGCCGGACGUGAGUGUCGGGAGCGCGAUAGAAGCGGGCAGCGUAGUGUGUAUAGAUACGCAAAAGCCGGACAUUCAGAAAGUGGACGGGCGGCCGCAGGACCCGGUAGGACGAACUAGUACUUUUGAGCCUCGAGUGGUGGAUAGCUCGACGCAGGUGAAAUUCGGUCCAGGCCCGGACACGGACGCGGCGGACGGUGCGCUGGAGUCGAACGGGGAGGUGGAGGGCGGCGCCGGCGGGUCGGGCAUCUUGCGCGCGCCACCUGCUGCCGCCGCGCCGCCGCCGCCCGGCAUCAUGAAGAAGCGCGUGCAGAUACAAGAAAUAUCAGUAUGA